CGCCAGAAAGGGACCCUCCCCCGCGUCCCCGCCCCGGCCUGAGCUCCGUUUUUAUUCCGGAAAUGCCUGAGGAAAGCCAGCGUCUUCCGCUUGCUCGCGCAGCCAGCAGCCCACUGCUCACCCGCUGCGUUGCUGUCGCUGUCGCUCUGGCAGGGCUCUCCCGGUGGCCACUCACAAAUCCACUUCCGGCUCUGUCCGCUUGUGGCGUCCCCUCAUCUUCUCUCCGAUGUCGACACUUCGGUGUCUGCGAGUUCCGAGGCUGGAUGGAAAGACCGGGUUUGAAGGCUCUUCAGAGCUUAGAAGGGGUCAGAGCACCCCACUCCUGAGCCCCAGUUUUCCUGCUGUGAGAAGAGAUGCUUUCAUUGUCCUGAGGAUGCACCCUCUAGUUUCAGUUCACCAGACAUUUAAAGGUGAACAAGAACUUUGUUUCCACUGCGCUCAUCUUCUCAGGGGAGCAUUGAGGUCACUCCCCCUCAGGGAGAUGAGCCCACCAGCCAGCUCCUGGGUUCUGGUCCAUGAGUUUCUAGCAGGUGCUUCCUCCUUUUACGCUUCCAGGGACAAAGGCAGAGCCACAAAGGCUGCCAUCAGACCAUUCUGCAGGGAGGAGAGUGUUUCGAAGCUGGCAAGGGCUCCAGGAGCAGUGGCUGCAGCAGGUCGAAAGCCAUGGCCUGGACUUGUGUCCUCCUCAUGCUGCUGGCUCAUCUCACAGGUUGUGGCCCCCAGCCCAUGCUGCAGCAGCCACCAUCUGCAUCUUCCUCGCUUGGAACCACCAUCCGCCUCUCCUGCGCCCUGAGCAGCAACCAUAACAUCAACAUUUAUAGCAUUUACUGGUAUCAGCAGAAGCCAGGCCACCCUCCCAGGUUCCUGCUGAGAUAUUUCUCACGCUCAGACAAGCACUGGGGUACCAAGAUACCCCAUCGCUUCUCCGGAUCCAAAGACGUGGUCCGGAACCUGGGAUAUCUGAGCAUCUCUGAACUGCAGCCUGAGGAUGAGGCUGUGUAUUUCUGCGCCAUGGGGCUCCGGAGCCAGGAAAAGGAGAACUGGAUGGAGAGGGAGAGAGGAGGAGAAAAGUAGUUUACAGAUUCUGGAUCCCUGCCUCUGGAGACAUUCACACCCUGAACUGAAGAGCAGUUUGCUUUGCCCAGCUAGGCUGGCACAGGGAGGAGGGGGAGAGCACCGGCCUCCGCAGAGCCAAGAAGAUGGAGCCAUUCAGCUUUCCUUGUCCUGCAGGGUUGCCGUGAGCCCCACUGGAAGCGGGAUUAUAGAAUUAAAGUUGCUUU